AUGGAUAAUCAUGAAAAAAUAUGGAAAUUGCGAAAGGCUUGUGGAUUCAAUGUCGAUAAAUUGAAUGCAAUAAUUGAAAAUUUUUUGCCUUUGGAAAAUCAUUUUUUGAAUAUUGAUGAAAAUUUAAAAACUUUUUGUUAUGUUCCAAAUGAGGCAAAUUUUCAACUUCCGAAUAUUUUUUUAAAGACAAGUUUAACUAGCGCUUGUACAAAAUACUUACAAUCUAAUGUAGAAAAAAAUGAUUAUUCAAAGACUAUUGAUCUUAUAAUAGACGAAUUGGAAGUGCUCAGGGAAGAUUUUGAUUUUUUAGAAAUUGAGUCCCAUGAAAAUAUUGCUGAAAAUACACUAAGCUCUAUUUACAAAAAACGUUAUGGUUUGUAG